AAUGAAGCGAGCAGGAGUAAGCUCACAUUUUAUUGCCAUAAUAUAUGCUCUUUUAUUUUCAUUUAAUGCUUCUGCAUUUGAUGAUACUCAUAAAAGCUUCCUUCAAUGUCUAUACAAUAACAACUCCACAUCACUAUCCAAACUUGUUUAUACCAAAACUAAUUCAUCUUACUCUUCAAUACUUCAAUUCUCCCUUCAGAAUCUCAGAUUCUCAUACAACAACACUCCCAAACCCCUUGUCAUCGUGACACCCCUGCAGCCUUCCCAUGUUCAAGCCACCGUAAUCUGUUCCCAACUCCACGGCUUGCAGAUUCGAAUUCGAAGCGGCGGCCACGACUAUGAGGGCCUCUCCUACGUCUCUCAAGUUCCAUUUGUUAUCAUUGAUUUCAUAAACUACAGAAAGAUCCAAGUGGACGUAGAGAACAGAGAAGCAUGGGUUCAAGUUGGUGCAACUGUUGGUGAACUUUACUAUAGCAUUGGCACCAAGACCAAAACUCUUGCUGUUACAGCAGGUGCAUGCACCACCGUAGGAGUUGGAGGACAAUUCAGCGGCGGCGGUUAUGGAUCCUUGAUUCGAAAAUAUGGGCUCUCUGCUGAUAACAUAAUCGAUGCUCACAUAAUUGAUGUGAAGGGUAGGUUUCUUGACAGGGAAGCCAUGGGUGAAGAUCUUUUCUGGGCCAUUAGAGGUGGUGGUGGAGCAAGCUUUGGAGUGAUCUUAGCAUGGAAGAUCAAGCUCGUUCCGGUUCCAUCAACCGUGACACUGUUGAGAGCUCCUAGAACCUUGGAACAGAAUGCAACGAAGCUUGUUCAUAAAUGGCAGAGUGUGGCAAGUAGACUCGACAAUAAUCUAGUCCUUGGUUUGUUGUUGCAGACGGUGAAUUCAAGCAUUAACAAAGGGGAGUUAACUGUGCAAGCUUUGUUUAACGGCUUGUUUCUUGGAGGUGUGGAUAAGCUUCUUCCAUUGGUGCAAGAGAGCUUCCCUGAAUUGGGUUUGGCUAAAGAAGAUUGCACUGAGAUGAGUUGGAUUGAAUCUACUCUUUAUUCAUCGGGAUCUGGUGGUCAACAACCACUUGAGGUUUUGCUCAACAGAAGUCAAGUCAACACAGAUAGUUUCAAAGCAAAAUCUGAUAUUAUCACAGAUCCUAUUCCUGAGAGUGGCUUAGAAGGAUUGUGGCGUUUGAUGUUUGAAGAUGAGGCCAAAGAUUUGGUGUUGGUUAUAUUUCCUUUCGGAGGCAGAAUGAGUGAGAUUCCAGAAUCUGAGAUUCCGUUCCCACACAGAGCUGGAGUGUUGUAUCAGAUUCAGUACUCUCUGCACUGGCAAGAAAAAGGAGAGGAGGUUGCACAAAGGCGCAUCAAUUGGAUGAGGAAGCUAUAUAGUUAUAUGGAACCUUUUGUGUCAAAGUCUCCUAGAAAAGCAUAUAUCAACUAUAGAGACCUUGACAUUGGGGUAAAUAACAUUCAUGGCAACACAUCGUAUGAGCAAGCUAGCAUUUGGGGUCACAAGUAUUUCAACAAUAAUUUCAAAAGGUUGGCAUAUGUCAAGACUAAGGUUGAUCCUCUUAAUUUCUUUAGGUUCGAACAGAGUAUACCCACUCUCAUUUGAACUUCCAAGGACGAAAAAUAAAAUCUCUAACCUCUGAAAGCACCAAUUAUUAAUAAGUAUUAAUGUACUGCCUUUUAUAUUAAGUAAAUACGUGUAAUAAUCACAAA